AUGGCCUACUGGCAUGACCGCCCUGCGACCGGCGCGCCUCCCUCGAUGCUGGCCAUAGUUGGCCUGUUGCUGGCCGUCCUCCUCCGCGUCACUACCGCCUUGCAGUCUGUCGCCGGAUCUCCCUGCGAAUCUGUCUGCGCCGACGCCGGCUCCCUCGAACAAGUCGUCCUCUGCCUCGAUGCCGACUACCGGUCCCUUUCCACGGGUCGAGCGGUCCAGAAGUGCGUGGCUUGUCAGUUGAACAGCACCGCGGUAGAUACGGCGAGCAAUGAGACGGACGUAGAAUGGGCACUGUUGGCCCUUCGUUACACACUCGCCGGGUGCAUGUUUGCCAUCCCCGAAGACCAUAUCUCGAUCAGCAGUCCAUGUCAAGUCAGCUGUGCCCCGCUGAACGCCUCAAUCGGUUACCACGUCACGAACGACAGCUCGACCGCUCAACCGGGCAACGAGUUCUGUGCCGCCGACCCUUUUGACGACUACACAAUCAACCGUUGUGCCACUUGUUACAGCUUCAUCCCGCAGCAGUUGUACCAGGCAAACUUUCUCCAAGCUCUGCACAUCGCAUGCCGCCAGCCGCCAGAACCGGGUAAACCGUUCUUUCCAGACGCCAAGGCCAUCUUCAAUGAGACACUAAUAGCCGGGCCCGCGCCGCCAUCAAGCAAUACGGGCCACCGCAGCGGGCUCCACGGAUGGAAACUGGCUGUGGCUAUUGUGCUGCCAGUCAUUGGUGGCAUCCUCCUCAUCUCAGGGACGUGCUGGGGUUGUUUUAUUUUCACCCGCAAACGUCGCCAGCGGAUGGCCCAAACCGGUCGCAUGAGCCGCGUGCACGAAUCGCACGCCGACAGCAUGUACUCGCCCAUGUCUGCCAAAGCUGAAGCCUGGAAAGCCGAGAAUCUCCCAUGGGGCGUGGUGGAACCACCGCGAGAAAUGCACGCCAUUAGCCCGACGCUGCUGCACGCGAAACACCCGAGUCCAGGCGUCGCGCAAGGCCGUUGGAGUCAUCAGACUGGGGGAACGGGAGGGUCGGAGCAGACCACUCCCUUGAGAAACAGUUUUCAGCGUGAAGCUGUCGGCCCCGGACCAGAGCAAGUUCGAGAUCCGAAUCUCCAUGACCAGUACUUUGGCGUUGGUGAAGACAUGGAUGACUUGCCUGGACCCAGUGGCGGACACGAGUAUUAUCCUGAGCAGCAUCAGCAUGGCCUCGGACAGCUCCGAGUGCCUGAUGAUGAGCGGGGAAACUUUAUAUGA